UGGGGCGAGGAGGGGCGGGGCGGGGCGGGGCCGGGGGAGGCGGGUUCCGAGCUGUUAACUGGGCAGGGCGCCGGCUGUGCUUCCUCAGUGGGCCGAAGACAACCUAACCGGCCGGAGCAACUCAAACAACACCAACAACACCAUGUCUGAAAAAACCGACAAGAAGAAGAAGAAGAAGGCAAAGGGAGAUUCCCAGAAGGAGAAGACCCCUCCCCCGGCAGCCGCCCCCGCGGAGCCAGCGGCGCCCGCAGAACCGGAACCAAUCAAGAGGCCCUCGUCCAAGACCUCGUCCAAGAAGCGACGCAGCUCCCGCGCCGGCUCCGAUGUCUUUUCGCUUUUUACCAACAGCCAAGUGGCAGAAUAUAAGGAGGCGUUCGCGCUGAUGGACCUGGACAAGGACGGCGUCCUGGGCAAGAACGACCUGCGCGCCACCUUCGACAUGGUGGGCAAGAUCGUGUCCGAGAAGGAGCUGGACGAGAUGCUGGCCGAGAUCCCGGAGACGGACGAGGGCGAGCAACUGCCCUGCACCUUCACGCAGUUCCUCAUGCUGUUCGCCAACAAGCAGCAGUCGUCGGGCGCCGGCACCCAGGAUGACGAUGACGAUACGGUGAUCCAGGCUUUCGUGUGCUUCUCGGACCCCGACGGCUGGAUCGACGCCGACAACCUCAAGCACUGGCUCAUGACAUGGUGCGACAAAUUCACGCUGAAGGAGGUCAAGGACGCCUACGAGGCAUUCUACUUUGACGACAAGGGCAAGCGCAUCGACUGCGGCAAGCUGCUGGACAUGCUGCUGGGCAAGGCGGACGACUGAACAGAGGGGGGAGCGGCGUGCAAGAGAGAGUGAGAGGGUAUGUGUGUGUGGGAGAAAGGUGGCCGGGACAGCUACAGAGAGACCACUAGUGUAUUAACAACAUUAUGCAAUAAACUCCAUCGUUCCAACCAAAA